AUGGCUCGUAUUGGGAGCCGCCUCGUUUAUCCCGCCUUUUGCAAUCCUUUUCUGAACCUGUCUAACCGCCGCAAACGAUACGCGCACCAGUGUAAGGGGCCCCACUACCAACUGCAGCAGCAAGGGCAGCGAUACGGCAGCAUCUUCUUCACAGCUGCGGUGCCUCCUCCGCUUUCCUUUCUACCCUUUGCAGCACGCCGAUGGAUCACAGCACAAAACGGUGGGGCGAAGCAGCAAAUGCAGCGCACCCAUGAGCUGGCGCUGCAGCAACAGAGGCACAAUCUGCGCGUGGAAAGGCGUCUAGAGCAGCAGCAGCAGAAACAGCAACAACCGCAGCAGCAGCCGCAGCAGCACAACUACCAGCUGCUUGUCUAUAACCCCACUUCGGCCGCUUUUAGGCACAUGACCCCCACCUACUGUACGCCGAUGAAGCAGCUGUUAGUGUGCUGA